CAACAGUCUCAACACUAAUCAAAAGAGUAUUUUUUAUGCAGAUUUGUUGAUGUGUCGCGGAGGUCGUGGAAUGCAAUCCAAUUCAAUUUUUAUUUUAUUUAAAUUAAUAACUUUUGGUGUUGCUGAAGCUGAUAUAUCAUUUAAACUUGUGUGAUACUUUUGUCCUUAAUUGUAGACUAGUCCAUCGAAAGAAUAUGCUAACAAUGUUACGGUGUGAAUGACCUGUUUGAAUAGUUUUUUGGUCAACCGAAAUUGGAACAAAGGUCGAAUUUAUCGACACACAUGCUGUUCCAUCAAUAUUUAACAUCUCCGUGUUAAUAUCGAUAUUUUCAUACUGCAAGAGAGGAAAAAAUAUCGAACAAAUGCAGCGAUGACUGGCUCUUUAGAUCGGACGUUAUUGGAACGUCGUCCACUUAAUAAAAUUUGUUUCGAAUCUACUUCGCAUACAAAUACGUUGCUGCAAGGAUUCAACGAUCUACGAAACCAGGACUUUCUUCUAGAUGUUACAUUGUUGGCCGAUGGGAAAUCAUUCAAAGCACACAGGGCUGUACUUGCAGCAUGCAGUGACUAUUUCAGAGCUAUGUUCACGGAUGCUAUGAAAGAGUCUACACAAAGUGAAAUUUCUGUGUCUGGCAUAUCAGCUAGAGGAAUCGAACUGAUGCUCGACUAUGCUUACACAUCGAAAAUUGAACUGAACUCUGCCAAUAUCUUAGAUGUUCUGUCAGCGGCAAGCUAUGUUCAAAUGGAUGCAGUGGUUGAUGCUUGCACGGACUACCUCCAGUCGCAUUUAGACAUGGAUAAUUGUGUAGAUCUAGCAACAAUCAGCGAAACAUUCAGCCUUCAGAAGUUGCGUCAAAAAUGCUAUCGUUUCAUUUGCGCCAAUUUGUCCAAGUUUUCCGUUACCAAAGAAAUGAAACGUCUAACAUGGCAACAGCUCAAUUACGUCCUAUCGUGUGAUUUCCCCGUAGACUGUGCAGAAGAAAUAGUUCUAAAAAUUGUGCUGGACUGGAUUUAUCCGCAACAGAUCGACAUCAAGAUAGCUCACACUCUGCUGAAUAAUGUUCGGUUGUCGGAUAUUUUGUUGACGGAUGUGGAUUCAAUUUUGAGAGAGUCUCGUUUCGCCAGAACCAGUCCGAUAACAAUGUCAACGAAAGGUCUUGCCAUAUCCCAACGGAAGCUUCGUCGUCUGCACAAAACCACUGCAACGUUUCCAAUAACCAACAGUAAUACAUUGACCAACAAUCGUGGUAUGGAGUUAGCACUAGUCAAUGUUGGGGGUUUCCGAACAGCUGGCAUUACGAAUGAGAUAACCUACUACUUGCCUAGUGUUAAAAAGUGGCAUCAUUUGACUUCGAUUCCGCAUGUUGAGCAAUGUAAUUAUGGAACUGCAGUUAAAGGGAACGAAUUAUACAUUGUUGGUGGUUGUUACAACGUGGCUCUGAAGGAGUACAUUCAUCCAUUCGGAUUUCGUUACAAUCCCAUGUCGAACAAAUGGCUAACAAUUGCACCGAUGCAACAAGAUCGUUGUCGAUUCUCCUUGAAUUUUGUGGGAAACAUUUUGUAUGCAAUUGGAGGCGUCAGCGGUAUUGAUGAUUCGGAAGACACUUGGUAUGAAGAAUUCGGUGAAUCAAACUGUGAAUGUUAUGACCCCGAGGAAGAUCGUUGGAAGUAUAUACCUCAGCUACCCGAACAUCGGACUCAGCAUGCAGCUGCUACGCAACAACAAUAUUUGUAUGUUUGUGGUGGAUUGGAUAGGAGCGUCGUUCUGUCAUCAAUGUGGCGAUUUGACACCGUGUACGAUAGCUGGGAACAAAUGCCAAAUAUGCUGAGUCCGAGAGCUGAUCAUGUAAUGCUGCAAAUCGAUGAGAAAUUAUAUGUAUGCGGUGGAUGGUUUGAAGAGGAUCAAGCUGAGAAUCGAAGAUUAGCAAACACGAUUGAAAUGUACGACGCGCGUACGAAGGAUUGGAAAGUUGUCACAACAAUACCGACACCGAAGUAUCACGCUGGAAUCGUGUCUGUUGAUACGAAGAUAUAUAUCAUAGGCGGUUUCUACGCCGAUUCUUUGUUGGACCGAGCAUCAUCAACAAUCGAAUUCUAUGACAUCGAAAAAGACGAAUGGUCCAGCUUAGAACGGUAUCCUCAAAACAAUUGGGAAUGCAGUUGUGUAUCGUUAUACAUUCCUCGAUUUCGAGAUGAUAUGCAAGUGCUUUCCGAUGUAAGAGUAAACGACGAAGGUCCGUCUUCAGACUCUUAGAUAAAUAGAGGCAAAUUGUGCCAUGUUUUUUAGUUGCGCCUAUGCAUAACGAAAUUAAUCGCUCAAGUAUUUUUAUAUACAAAUGAAAUUGGUUUACUUUAAGUAUAAUCUAAAAUGCCCUACCUACGAACAAAUGCAAUGUAUUGCCAAGGGUUUUUUCCCUUUAGAUUUAAUUUAAUUUAUUUGAAAACGAAUUCCGAGUACUGCCCUUUGUCGAGACUCAGUGAAUUUUUGUGAUUACUUUUUUGUAGAAUGUAGUCAUAAUUUAUACAAACAAUAAAAGUAAUUAAAUGAAAACGUUUUCAUAUG